AUGUCGGACACUCUUCCUGAAAUGCAAUACCGCUUCCUCGGCCGCACUGGGCUGAAGGUCUCGGUCAUCUCACUGGGUAGCUGGCUGACGUAUGGCGGACAUGUCGGAAAUGAAACCGCCCUCGAGUGCAUGAAGGUUGCCUACGACGCUGGCAUCAACUUCUUUGAUACGGCCGAAGUAUACUCCGGCGGCCAGUCCGAGAUUGUCCUCGGCCAGGCGAUCAAGCAGUUCGGCUGGAAGCAGAAUGACCUCGUAAUCUCCACUAAGAUCUACUGGGGCAAGGCCAACAGCGCCAACCCCGACAAACCCCUCAACAACAACGGUCUCUCCCGCAAACACAUAAUCGAAGGCAUGAACCUCUCCCUGCAAAGGUUGGAUCUGCCCUACGUAGAUGUCGUCUAUGCGCACCGCCCAGACCGCGACACCCCCAUGGAAGAGAUCGUCCGCGGCUUCAACUACCUCAUCAACAACGGCAAAGCCUUCUACUGGGGUACGUCGGAGUGGUCUGCUAGCGAGAUCUCGGACGCCUGGCGCAUCGCCGAUAGACUAGGUCUUAUCGGACCCGUUGUUGAACAGCCGCAGUACAACCUUCUGGUGCGCGAGCGCGUCGAAAAAGAAUACCGCUGGCUGUAUGAUGCGCAUGGACUUGGAUUGACUGUCUUCUCGCCGUUGAAGGGGGGUAUCUUGACCGGCAAGUAUAAUGAUGCUGCUGCGCUGCCGGAGGGGUCGCGACUGGCUGAGUCUAAAGAUGGGUAUGUGCAAAAUUUGAAGAAGACGGUUGGGGAUGAGACUUGGCAGAGGCAGCUUGAUCAGGUUGCGGCGCUGAAGCCUGUUGCGGAGGAGUUGGGCAUUUCGACGGCGCAGUUGGCUCUGGCUUGGAUUCUGAAGAACCCCAAUAUCUCGUCUAUGAUAACUGGUGCUUCGCGGCCACAACAGGUUCUUGAUAAUAUUCGGGCUUUGGGUGUGGUGGACUUGUUGACGGAGGAUAUUGUGGAGAAGAUUGAGACUGCUGUUGGAAACAAGCCUGUUCUUGAGACGAGACGGUUCUAG